GUAGCUGUCGUCUGCCAUGGCCUUAAAUUGUCUGAGGCUUUGAGCCUGGAGAAGGGAGUGAGAGGGCCGAGAGAGAGAGAGAGAUGAGCGUGAUGGAAGUAGUGGAGGGCGAGAGCCCAUCAACUUGUGCAUACACGCUGCAACCGACCCCUUUCUGCAACGAGGAUAUACUGUUCUGCAUCGAUGUCGACCAUGAAUCUCUGGUGGAGAUGAAAGUUUCUGGUCCAAAAGGUCGACCUAUUACGAGAUUGGAUUCAAUCAAACAAGCAAUCAUUCUCUUCGUCCAUGCCAAGCUCGCCAUCCAUUCUGAGCACCGUUUCGCCUUCGCGGCUCUUGGUCAAUCCGCUUCUUGGCUUCGGAAGGAGUUUAGGAGCGAUGUUGAAUCUGCUAUUGCUGCGCUUCGUAUGAUCACCGUCGUUCCUGAUUCUUCUUAUGGUCAGGCGGAUCUCACCCAGCUCUUUCGAGUAGCAGCUCAUGAAGCAAAGAAAUCUCGCGCACAAAAUCGUAUUCUCAGGCUGAUUCUCAUAUACUGCAGAUCAUCGGUUCAACCCCAAUAUCAGUGGCCUGCAAACCCGAAACUAUUCACCUUGGAUGUCGUCUACCUUCAUGACAAGCCUGGGCCAGAGAAUUGCCCCCAAAAGGUAUAUGAUUCACUUGUGGAUGCCCUUGAGCAUGUCAGUGACCAUGAGGGUUACAUUUUUGAGACUGGCCAGGGUCUUUCUCGUGUUCUCUUCCGUCACAUGUGUGUGCUGCUUUCACACCCACAGCAACGGUGUGCCCAAGAUGACAUUGACAUUCCUAAGUCCCUUACUAAGAAGUCAUCUGCAGCUGAUUCCACACCUGGUGAAGAGAACGUGCCUGUAUCCAGCCAAUGAAGCGAUUACAUUGCAGCGCAGACCUAAUAUUAUAUUAUUGUUUUUGCCUUCUAUGCUUUCUGUUUGUAGUUUUUGGAGAAUCUGAUGAUCCUUCUUACUUUUCCAUCCUGUACAAAUUACGAAACACUUUCUGAUGCCUUGAUGAAUCAGUGCAUGCAUUGGACUUGA